AUGGAUCCUGCCGCCAUGCCGGCUGACGGGCAGAGAAACAUGACUGCCCUCGCGGAGCACUACAUCCACACGCCAGUCCCGCAACACUUCUCCGCGGGCGUCGUCGUAGCAUCUAUAGUCGUCGCCUUCUUGGGAGCAUGGUCCGCCCUGUUGCUUCUGGGUAAGCGCACCUCCUCCAAAGGGGCGCGCAAUAUCGCCCUCCUCUUCCUCGCAGCAAUGGCGCAGUCGGCCGUAGGCAUCUGGGGAAUGCACGGCAUCGGCAUGUUCAGCAUGACAUUGAAGCCCACGCCAGAUGUGGAUUGGCAUGUGGGGUUCAGUGCAGCCUUUACGGCGUUGAGCUUGAUCGUUCCGCUGCUGGCGCUAUGCAUCGCCUUCUUCCUCCUGGACUUUACGACGUUUCGAUAUUGGAGGGCCAUCGUCUCGGGCGUAGCGACGGGGGCUACGAUUGGUUUCAUGCACUACAGCGCAUCGUUCCGGACGCGCAACUUCCAUGUCGAGUACCAGCCAGCCGUCUUGGUCGUCUCGAUCCUUCUCGCAAUGGCCGCCGCAACGGUGGCCUUGACGCUCUUCUUCCGCUUCAAGGCGCACUGGGACGAUGGAUGGUGGAAGCGGGCCUUGUGCGCCUUUGCCCUCGCCGUAGCCGUCUCGUCGAUGCAUUACACGGGCAUGGCAGGCACCAAGUACCGCGUUCGCGCUGAUCUGGUCAACGAGGUCGCAGCCCUCGGACACAGCAACGAGUCGCAAGUCCUCGUAGCCGCGUCCGUGAUGUGCGCCUUCUUCCUGCUCCUCUCCCUCGCCAUCACCCUCGUCGACACCCUCGUCGCCAAGCGCUCCCGCCAGAAUGCGCGCAAAGUCGUCAUUUGCUCGGCGACGUUCAACAAGCAGGGCCAGCUACUGGUGAAAGAGGACGGCACGCUUCCCAUGGUAGUCAUCGAGACGCCUAUGCGGCACAGCGAGGUCCUCACGGCGCUGGACCGCAGACAGAGCACUUUCCAAUGGAUGUACGCCGUCAGCUGGGACUGGGAUAUGGUCAGUGACUUCCUCAAGGCCAUCUCGAUGCGUCUCUUCGCGCUGGAGCACGCCGUCAAGCCUGAGAGAUCGGGGAACGCUUCUACCUUCUGGAGCCGCCUCGUGGAGCGACGCCGCAGCUUGGAUGGGGGUCCGGGCGCACCGGGAAGUCCACAAGCCCUGGCCGACUUUCGCGACCGCUUCAUCGACGCGGCGGGGCAAUUGGCCGUGCAACUCGACGUGCCUUUUCAGCGGAUUGGCGUCCUCUACGACCAGGUGAUGCCUACGGGCACGCGCAGGGCCGCAGAGCAGGCUGCGCGCGAGGCGGGCAUCUCGCUGCAUGGCAGCCAGACGACGAGCAGCGAGGACGCUUCCGAAUCGGGCGUGUAUCGUCGACCGCCGUCCAUCUUUGCCGAGGGUGAAAAAGAGAACGAGGGGGCCAUGCUCUUCCUUGUGCGACGCAUGUCAGAUGAUGCGACGUCGCGCGAGUCGGAGGAGCGCUACCUGCAGCGCGGGUAUCGCAUGACGGAUGUGCGCUUCUUGGGGAGCCACCUUGCAAACCAUUACGCGGUGCAGAAGAAGGACAUGGAGGCAUGGCUGGGGCGACUCAAGAUGUACGCGCGGAGAGGGACCAGGCCGGUGGUGCAGCCAGGUCCGGCUGUUUACGUGGGGCUGUUCGGCGUGCGAGCAUCGACGACGCAGUACGGCGGGCUCGAAGCCCUGGUGUACGGGUUUGCCCGCCACCAGAUCCCGGCGUACCGCCUUCCGAAAGUCGAGGGAAUAACGCCGCAGAUCCGUUACUGGGUCAAGCUGCUGGAUCGCAUGACCCUCGAGGACGCCACGGAGACGUGCCACCGCGAAGCCAACAAGGCGAGCGAGCGCCUGAAAUCCCUCUCUGCCGUUCGCUCUUCUCGCGAGGCCUUGCGCGGCGCUCGCGACGACGAUGAGGAGGACGAGGAGCGCAACCUCGCGGCGGAGAGCGACUCGCUCGACACGAUGGCCUCGUUCCAGCGAGCGUUGGGCGUUGCGCUUGAGGCGCUCGAGAACAGCAUGCGUUUCUACCCUCAACUCAAGUCUACGGCGCGUCUCUCGGCGGAUAUCCUCGAGGUGCCCUCGAGUCUCGACGGUAGUACGGACCCGGCGCAGAUGAUCGUCGUGCAGGCGGUGUUACCCGAUGAGAGGGCGGACCUGCAACGCGGCGAUGGUGCACACCCGUUGAUCGAUGCGAGUCAAGCAAUCCCCACGGACCAGGUCAGCCCGAACGUACCCUUCGUCUACGUCCCUUACUCGCUUUUCAGCAAGGCGCAGAUGAUGCUGAUCCGGGGCAGGCAGGCGGAACAGUUUGAGCGAAGCGUCGCCUCCGAGUUGCGGGCCAGAUAUCCGGGCGUAUGCGGCGUGCCCGGCAUCAGCGAGGAGGGCGAGGCGAGGUGGUCAUACGAUGACGAUGUCGACGUCGAGAAGGGGACGCACAGCCCUGCCGCUUCGCCGAUGACGGCGAGGUUUGCUUCUUUGCUGCACCCGCGUAGCCCCUCACGAAGGAAGGUAGAGGAUAUCGAGGCCGUAGAGAUGAUGAGCACACCGCACUCGCCCGUUUCCAUGAAGCGGGCCCUCUCGACGGACAGCAUGGCGGGUGCAGCGAUACGAGGGCAGUCCAGCGUAGACUGGACAACUGUACAGACGCUGGAGCGUGGAGGGAGAUCGCGAGGGUCAACAGGCGCAUCUACAACGACGUGUGGCGAGAGGCCGACGAGUGCGGGCAACGGGUCGUUGGGGAUCCGACGUUUCCUCGGCGGCGGCGCGGAGGGCCAGCCGGCCGCAGCUCCUCCCGCCUCGCCGCGACACCAACGCAGCGCGUCGAUCGGGGCAGUCCUCUCGCAGGACGAAGGGGCAGCUCUAACCAGCCUGCCCCGUCGGGUGAGCGUGCGUCGACAACGUAGCGUCUCGGCCGCCAACACGGCCACGGCUCCGGUCCCGACUGCCGUCGCGCCGAUCCAGCGUCUACGCCCUCGUGUGCCCGACGUUGAACCACGGCGAGCGCCGCAGCAUCGCUUUGCGGCGGCAGAGUCUGCUGCGAGCGGGAGCAACGGGAGUGACGAUUGGAUGGCGAGGCGAUUGAGCGAGAUCGAGCGGGCUCCAGGUGGGAGCGCGCUGCUUGGCGUGGACUGGUAG